GCCGGGGCCUGGCGGCGGCUGGAUCGGCGCGGAGCGGGGCCCGCCCGUGCGACACACGGUGCCCGUGCCGCGGGGUCGAGAGCUGCGGCGUGUCCGUCCCCCCGCGGCUGGGCACACAACCCGUGCGCGAACGCCUGCCCGGGCCCUCGGGGGCAGCGCUGGGCCGAGGCGACCCGCCGCCCUCGCUGUGGCUGCGGUGGCUACGGAUGCGUGUGGAGGCCCUUCUCUGCAGUUGCUUGCCAAACUGCUUCAUGAUACUCAAGAAGAUGAUGAUGAUGAUGAUGAACAUGUGCCUCACUGUUCAGUUAAUGCCAUGACUCCUGGGACUAUUGGACCAGGAAAGAGAGAGACCACUGAUACUUUCCAAGUGAAACCUGGAAAUGACAAAGCUAUUUGGAAUACAGAGGAAGUCCCAGAAGGAUCUGAAUUUGAGGAUUCCUGGGACCCUAGAGAACAACCAGAGUGCUUGAUGAAGAUGUUGAACCAGACUGGCCCCAGAACCCAUCCCUGUGGAACUCCACUGGCCACAGGCCUCCAACCUGACUCUGUGCCAUUGAUCAGCACCCUCUGGGCUCUGUCAUUCAGCCAGUUCUCCAUCCACCUCACCUCCACUCAUCCAGCCCACACUGCCUGAGCUUUCCGAUGAGGGUGUUGUGGGAGACAAUGUCCAAAGCCUUGCUGAACUCAAGGCAGAUGACAUCUGCUGCUCCCCUUAAACUAAC